CCCCUCCCUCGUAAGAUCGUGAACAGCCCAGGUUCUUGCUGGCCACCACGACAAGCUCCCGACAGCUGCUCAACCGUACAUCCCCAUCAGUACAUAAUCAACGACUUCGUCAAGUAACAUCAUGAGACCUACCAAGACCCUCCGUGCGUGGAUCGAUAACAUCCCCGACAACGAGCUCGAGGGUGGCAUCCGCGACCAUGGCACCAUCUGGGAGGAUCGACCUCACCAGAACUUCCGCCUAGACAGCCAAGAGGUCAUCGCUCGUGCAGGUGAACCGGUCAUGUACGACAUUCAAGUUCAGGUCAACAACCAAUGUACGAUCUCAACCUUCAAGAAGGGCAAGAGCGUGUUCGGCGAAUUCUUCGCCUGGAUCCUCGCUCAUGCCGACGACCCUUGGUCUGCUCAGAAGGUCCGAGAUGAGCUCAAAGCUACCGUCACGGUGUUCCUCUGACGCGUCCUGGUAACAAGUUAAAGUAAGUUGUUCCGUCUCAGGUAACCUCGGGUGGCAUACGACGGCGUUCACGUUUUCCAGUCUUCUGGGGUUUACGGUACAUACUGUUCUCAUGAACAUGGUGCGGCGUUACGAGAGUGUGUAAACUACACGAUUAUAUCAGUACUCCUCAUACAGGUGGAAGGGACUAGAUAGCGAAAUCAACGUUUUCUUACAUGUGCACACCUCAUACUUUGUCGACAAGCUCUUAAUUGUGAUCUUGUGCAGUCGUGUAGAGGGUUCGUGGUGAGAGCAAAG